CGAGUCGAGUGUAGUUACCACGGUCGCCGUGUUGCCCUGUGGAUCACUCCUCCCCAUCCUUCUCCUGCUACUCCUCCGCAACGAUAUCGCGCCGCGUAACACAUUCGCGUUUCGCAAUUUAUUCGCACGCAGAAAUCGCGUAAUCGGCCGCCGUCCGCCGUCCACAACAGUAACGUCCUUACCGCUCGUCGCCCGUCGUCGCGUACCGUCGCAGGAUAACAACAACAAUAAUAAUAAUAAUAAUAAUAAUAAUAAUAGUGCAUAUUGCAUGAAAUAUAUUAUAUUGUGUAUGACGACGAUGUCAAACGGUCGAUUAGAAACGAUAAAUCGCACAGCAGUGAGUCACGUCGACCGCGUAUGCGUCCGGUGCCGAUAGAACCCGUUCAAUCGUUACAAUAAACUGUCACAAUUUAUCAAUAUUUUAUUAUUACUAUCAUUGAUAUUAAUUCUGUGUUGGUGUUGAUUUUCCUCUCCCGGUUUUAUCGUCUGUACGCGAUAACCGCACACGCCGUCGUCGUGCAUCCAGAGGAGUUGGACGGCCAAGGUCGUGUUUCCAAUGGGAUUUUCGCGUGACAUUUUGGUGUCAAAUUUACAAUGACCGUGGCACAAUGGAUAUUUCCGACACUAAGGUUAGGGUUCUCUAUGACUUUGAGUACAAAACCAGAGAAAACAAGUGCGUAUCAAUCAAAGAAGGCGAGAAACUACUUUUGUUGAAAAAAACUAACGAUGACUGGUGGCAAGUUAUACGCAGUUCAGGCCAGCCAUUUUAUGUUCCAGCUACCUUUGUUAAAGAAAUUCCCCGAGCCCCUAGCAGGCCUAGUUUAUCCAAGGGCGAGGAGAAAAUUAUAGUAGAAAAACCACAAGUGCUAAAACGUACUAUUUUUGAAAAACCGUCAACUCCGUCCUACGAAAACAUUCCUUUAGAAAACACCACCGUUUUAAGUGUCAAUGACUUGAAUGUUGAUAAUGUGAUAAGUGAUAUUAAACGAGUUGAUAUUCAAAAUGAAAAUAACAUAUUGUCUCCAGUGUUAAACCGAAAAAAUAAAACUGUAGUUACAGUUAACCAAGAAAAUUCUGGCUAUUGUCAGGUGAAUAUUAAAAAAUGUGAUAUUAAAGAGCAACUUUCAUUACAAUUGUCCAGCUCUUUAGAAGAACUUGCUCAAGAAAUUGAGCUAAAAUCGUUGCCUUUGAACAAAAAUACAAUAACUUACGAGCCUUCUAAAGUACAGAACCUACUAGAAAACAUUCGCAAGCCUGCUAUAAUAUCAAUUCAAAAUCUAAAAGCCAUUGAAAAACCCGACUUAGGUAAUAAUGGACAAACUCCUAAAAAUAAACUUUGUUAUACUGGUAGCUUUAAAACAAAACAUGAACGUGAUAAAUGGGCUAAAAACAUAAUGACCAACGAAAAUAUUAUUGAAGAAAACAAACCAGAUGAUGAAGAAUCACUAAUGAUUAGUGAUUCUGUUUUAUCUAAAUCAAUAUCUACACCUGAUGCUCAUAGUACUAGUGCAGAUCUUACAGGUGGCUCAACAGAUAGUUUAUUAGAUGGUGAUUCAUUGGGCAUUACUGAUAGUGAUCAAGAUUCAUUGAGGAUGCAUGGAUCUAGAAAACGAACAUCUUUAGCCAGAAACCGUAGAGUGGAUUCUUAUUCUAAACGAUAUCCAAUACGAAAUUCUUCACCACCAAUUCUAGAUGUUACUCCAGGCCAUGGUGAAUCAUUUGAACGUUCCUGGUCUUCCCCUAAACAUCGUAUAGUUGAUGAAGACAAGAUAAGUGGGCAUAGUAGUGCUGGGACAAUUAAUUCAGGUAGUCAAAGUCAGAGUUCAUCUCCAUUAGCUGAAUUGGAUGAAGAAUAUGAACCUAAUGAUAAUACUCCACCACUAAGAACAAAAGUUAAACCUAUUAGUGAGACACCUGUAGGAUGGAUAAUGCAAGCUGAUCCUACCUCUGGAUUGCCAUGUUUUGUAAAUCAAUCAACUGGAGCAAAGUGGCUCUCUUCAAAAGAUUUUAAGGGGCGGUCGUAUUACUAUGAAGAAAACAGUAAAGAAUCAUCUUGGACAUUGCCUGAGACAAGUAAUAGCAAUGCAUCUAAUGUUAGCCCAUCGUCUCUUAAAGUAGACUUAGAAGAUUCUUCUUCGUCUUUGAAAUCAAACAAAAGCAAUAAUAGUGAGAAAAACGAUUCUUCGGAUUUAAAGAGCCCAUUGUCACCUCAAGUAAAUGUUCCUAAGAAUUGGCCCCAAUUAUGGGAUGGGCAUAUGUGCGUAUUGAAAGAAGGUCCUUUAAAUCGAACUAAAAUUACUGAAAACGGAAAGAGGCUUCGAAAGAAUUGGACGAUAUCACAUGUAAUACUUACUGAAUUGUUUUUGCUUUUCUUCAAAGACGCAAAAUGUUUUGUAGCAAUGAAAAAUGGAAAUGGACGACCAGAACUUUGUGUAGAUUUGAAUGGUGCCCUUGUGUAUCCAGCAGACAAGGUAUCUAGCCGUAAAAAUGUCUAUGUUAUCAGUACUGUUUUAGGAACUCAAGUAUUAUUCCAAAACGAAUGUAACGUCCAAGCCCAGUCAUGGCUCUAUGCAAUACAAGCAGUUAUUUCCAAUCUGCCAUGUAACUUUGACAGAUGUCCUCGUUCACCAAAUACACGUACCAAAGACUUACUUGACGCUGAAAAAAAAAACAAACUAAAUAGGAACAAAUCUCUUAAAUUAAAAGCAAAAGAUGGAGGAAGUAUGGAAGAUUUGACAUCCAAUGUAGAACGUCAGACAAAAAUUAAAGCCCGUCUUCGGAAAUUUUUUCAUCGAAGACCUACGAUGGAAUCGCUUGUCAAAAAAGGAAUAUGGAAAGAUGAGAAUGCAUUUGGAUGUUUUUUGGAACAUGUGGUUGGUACAGACCAACCUCGCGUCCCAGCUUUUGUACAACGUUGCGUGGCAGCUAUUGAAAUCAGCGAAGAAAACUUAAAAACCGAUGGUCUGUACCGAGCUUCAGGAAAUUUAUCUCAGGUGCAAAAGAUAAGGUUACAAGUUGACCAAAAUAAUCUAUCAGUGAUUGACCAAGAAGAGGACGUUCAUGUUCUAACUGGCGCUCUUAAGCUGUUUUUUAGAGAACUCAAAGAACCUCUUAUACCCUAUCAUGCUUUCCGCAAAGCCAUCUCAGCAGGCACAAGUCAUAGUCGUAAAGACAAGUUAUUACAUUUUCGUGACAUCACAAAAUCGUUACCUGGACCCAAUUACGACACGCUAAAAUUCUUGCUAAUACACUUAUUGAAAGUAACAAGUUAUAAGGAAUUCAACCGGAUGCACAUUCCAAAUUUAGCUAUUGUUUUUGGACCAACCCUGAUGUGGCCAGAAACUGAAUCAACAAAUAUGGCAAUUGACCUGAUGCAACAAAAUAUGGUUAUAGAAGCACUUUUAGCCGACUUUGAUAAUAUAUUCAAAUAAAAACGUUCAGUAAAAUAUUAAAAAGUCUGUACAAUACCGUUAAAAGCGUAACAUUCCAAUAUGUUUCCAUAUUGUAUUAAAAAAAAAGGAAUAAUUUGUGUGGAUAUUAUUUAAUAAUAUAAUAUACCACCGGAAUCAUUACAAGACAAUAUUUAAGACUGACACGUUUUGACAUGUAUUGCAGGAAAUGUUGGAUAUUAAUAUGUUUAUUUUUCUAUGGAUAUGAUACAAAUAUGUUAACCAAUUUUACUUUUUCUAAGUAGGGCUAACUGUUUAUCUUUAUGUAUGGUAGAAGU